GGCUCAUUGUGUUGGAUGCAAGUGAGGCUGUGGUGGAGUGUGCUGUUUUGUUGUAAGUGGAUGUCAGUGUCGGUCUGGAUUACUCCAGAGUAGAGGACCGCUAAGCCUGAAUCAUGCACAUCCUCAUCCUCACCAUUACAGCAAGCUGGGAGUGGGGCAGAAACUGCGCGAGAUACGGAUAGGAUAUUUCUUUUUUUUUUCAUUCCUACUCGGGUGUUUUUGCUCUUUUAGAUCGAAAGCAUUUGAGACGCUCAAGAUGAAUGAAGAAAGAGAGAAAACUGACCCCGAAUCAAGCGUAGAAUGGUAGAUCUGGAUCUGGAUACCUCGUCCUGCUGGCUUCGUAUCAGUUGUUUGACUGCAUAUUGUCCAGACUGGAAUAAUACCAUUUGAAAAUAAGACAAGAAGGGUAGCUUUAAAAUACACCAUCUACUAUUGUUUUUUUUAUUUUUCUGGGGGGUCUUCCCCCCAGCACCCCAUUCUUCACGGAUUUAUUUUUCUCGCUUGUUUGAAACUCUGAAGAGCCUGGAAUACGCUGUUUUUGUUGAAUCAUUACAAUUACUAUUAGAGAUUUUUUAAACAAAAAAGGGGAACAGUUUUUGUCAUCAUGGGGAACGCAGGGAGUAUGGAUUCUCAACAGACCGAUUUCAGGGCUCAUAGUAUGCCUUUGAAGCUGCCAAUGCCCGAUCCAGGUGAACUGGAGGAAAGAUUUGCCAUCGUUUUGAAUUCUAUGAACCUUCCUCCAGAUAAGGCACGACUCCUACGCCAGUAUGAUAAUGAAAAGAAAUGGGAACUGAUAUGUGACCAGGAAAGGUUUCAAGUGAAGAAUCCUCCACAUACUUACAUCCAAAAACUUAAAGGUUAUCUGGAUCCAGCUGUCACCAGGAAGAAAUUCAGAAGGCGAGUCCAAGAAUCCACACAAGUCCUCCGAGAACUGGAAAUUUCAUUAAGGACCAAUCACAUUGGGUGGGUGAGGGAAUUCUUGAAUGAAGAAAAUAAAGGCCUAGAUGUGCUUGUAGAAUAUCUGUCUUUUGCACAGUAUGCUGUCACGUUUGACUUUGAUAGUCUAGAGAACAAUGUGGAAAACUCAGUGGACAAGUCUAAACCCUGGAGCAGGUCCAUCGAGGACCUACACAGAGGAAGUAACUUGCCGUCACCAGUUGGCAACAGCAUCUCCCGGUCUGGCAGGCAUUCUACAUUACGGUGCAAUACUUUACCCAGUCGAAGGACACUAAAGAAUUCCCGAUUAGUUAGCAAGAAGGACGACGUUCAUGUGUGCAUCAUGUGCCUGAGAGCCAUCAUGAACUAUCAGUAUGGCUUUAAUAUGGUGAUGUCACACCCACAUGCCGUAAAUGAAAUUGCACUAAGUCUGAACAACAAGAACCCAAGAACAAAGGCUCUUGUUUUAGAGCUGUUAGCCGCUGUUUGUCUUGUCAGAGGAGGCCAUGAAAUCAUUUUGUCAGCCUUUGACAACUUCAAAGAGGUUUGUGCAGAAACACAGAGGUUUGAAAAAUUAAUGGAGCACUUCAAAAAUGAGGAUAACAACAUUGAUUUUAUGGUCGCAUGCAUGCAGUUUAUUAAUAUUGUUGUUCACUCUGUGGAAGAUAUGAACUUCAGAGUGCAUCUGCAGUACGAAUUUACAAAGUUGUCUCUGGAUGAAUACCUGGAUAAGCUGAAACACACCGAGAGUGACAAACUGCAGGUGCAGAUUCAGGCUUAUCUGGAUAAUGUGUUUGAUGUGGGUGCUCUCCUGGAAGAUGCCGAGACAAAGAAUGCUGCCUUGGAGCGAGUCGAAGAGCUUGAAGAAAACAUUUCACAUAUGGCAGAAAAACUCCAGGAUACUGAAAAUGAAGCCAUGGCCAAGAUUGUAGAGCUGGAGAAACAGCUUAUGCAGAAGAAUAAAGAUCUGGACUCUCUCAGGGACGUUUACAAAGAUGCCAGUACCCAGGUGCACACGCUGCGGAGAAUGGUGAAGGAGAAAGAUGAAGCGAUCCAAAGGCAAUCCAAUCUUGAAAAAAAGAUUCACGAACUGGAGAAGCAAGGCACAAUAAAAAUCCAAAAGAAAGGGGAUGGGGACAUUUCGAUUCUUCCUUCAAUGCAACAAGGGGCAGUGGCAGUGGCAGUGGCAGUGGCCGGUGGAUCUGAUGCAGCCACUGGUUCGGUGCCAGGCUCACACUUUACUCCCGCUGGCACAGUGUCGACAGUGUUGCCCCCUCCACCUCCACCACCAGUGCCUGGGGCUGUGCCAAAUGGGCCAUCGGCUGCACCCCCACCCCCACCACCUCCUCCACCACCCCCUCCUCCUCCUCCACCUCCUCCUCCACCUCCGCCCCCUCUUCCUCCAGGUCCAGCAAUCGAAGCCUCACCACCACCUGCUCCUCCUCCUCCUCCUGCAGCACCCCCAUUACCUGGCUCAGGAUCCCCCACCGUUAUCUUCAACUCAGGGUUAGCAGAGGGACCCAUCAAGCUUUUCUCGGUAAAAAUUAAAAAGCCAAUCAAGACAAAGUUCCGCAUGCCAGUCUUUAACUGGGUGGCCUUAAAACCAAACCAGAUAAAUGGAACAGUCUUCAAUGAGAUUGACGAUGAACGAAUCCUGGAGGAUUUAAAUGUGGACGAAUUUGAAGAAAUGUUCAAGACAAAAGCUCAAGGCCCAGCCAUUGACUUGACUUCUAAUAAACAGAAAAUCACCCAGAAAGGACCUAAUAAAGUGACCCUCCUUGAAGCUAAUCGAGCAAAGAAUCUGGCCAUCACUCUUAGAAAAGCUGGGAAAACAUCAGAGGAGAUAUGUAAAGCAAUUCAAAUGUUUGACCUAAGGACAUUGCCGGUGGAUUUUGUUGAAUGUUUGAUGAGAUUCUUACCCACUGAUAAUGAAGUGAAAGUACUUCGGCAGUAUGAAAAAGAGAGAAAGCCUUUGGAGAACCUGACUGACGAGGACAGGUUUAUGAUGCAGUUCAGCAAAAUCGAGCGGUUGAUGCAAAAAAUGACCAUUAUGGCCUUUGUUGGGAACUUCACUGAAAGCAUCCAAAUGCUCACCCCUCAACUCCAUGCAAUAAUUGCAGCGUCUGUGUCCAUAAAGUCCUCCCAAAAACUGAAAAAAAUACUUGAGAUUAUCUUGGCGCUUGGGAACUACAUGAACAGCAGCAAAAGGGGAGCUGUGUACGGCUUUAAAUUGCAGAGCUUGGAUCUGCUCCUGGACACCAAGUCCACAGACAGAAAACAAACUCUGUUGCACUACAUUGCCAAUGUGGUCAAGGACAAGUAUCCGUUGGUCACCGUCUUCUACAACGAGCUUCAUUAUGUUGAGAAGGCUGCAGCAGUAUCCCUUGAGAAUGUACUCUUGGACGUAAAAGAACUGCAGAGGGGGCUUGACCUGACAAAACGUGAAUACAGCAUGCAUGGCCACAACAACCUACUUAAGGACUUCAUCAACAACAAUGAGGGAAAACUCAAGAAACUCCAGGAUGAUGCCAAGAUUUCACAGGAUGCAUUUGACGAAGUAGUAAAAUACUUUGGAGAAAACCCCAAGACUACUCCUCCAUCUGUCUUCUUUCCGGUCUUUGUCAGAUUUGUAAAAGCAUACAGGCAUGCUGAGGAAGAUAAUGAACAGCGGAAGAAGCAGGAACAGGCACUAAUGGAGAAGUUGUUGGAGCAGGAGGCUCUGAUGGAGCAGCAAGACCAAAAGUCCCCUUCACACAAAAAUAAGAGACAACAGCAAGAGUUAAUUGCAGAGCUGAGGCGGAAGCAGGUCAAAGAUAACAGACACGUUUACGAGGGAAAAGAUGGAGCUAUUGAGGACAUCAUUACAGUACUGAAGACAGUCCCCUUUACUGCCCGAACAGCCAAGCGUGGCUCUCGCUUUUUCUGCGAUCCCGUUCACACUGAGGAGUUCCAUUACUAAAAUUAAUCACUUCCUCAGCUGAUGCUCUUAAAAGGUUUCUAUCUUAGGAAUCAACCCUACCGACGAGCUGAUGCGGUGAGGAGAAGUGUGAGGCGACGCUUUGAUGACCAGACCUUGCGCUCAAUGAGCAAUUCAGAAGUCGCCAUGUGAGCGGGAGAAAUGUGUGUGUCAAGACAAGUGUGUGCUUGUGAGCGAAUGUCGUGCCCUCUGGGUGAAGAGUUAAGUCCCGGCGAAUCUGCAGACGUGAUCCAGUUGGGGGGAAACUGAGGAAGACAAGGGGAACUCAGGCUCUCGUUUAGAGUCUGGGAGAAAAAAAAAAGAAACAAAACCUGCACGAGCAUUUUGAAGCCAAGUGCCUAAAUUAAGAUGAUCUGUUGUUUACUAAAAGCAAUAUGACUCAACCCGGCUUUACAUUUUAAUUUCGAGUAUCAAUAGUUCUUUGCGAACCUGAGACUUAGACACACACGUCUGUAUACUUUUUCAGUUUUAAGAAUGUAAUGGCCAAAGUUUCCUGGUUCUUCAGAAAGGUGUUUUCCCCCAUAACAGUUUUGUUACUACAGGACAUUCCGGUGCUAAUACAUACAUUAAAGAAGUGUGCUUUUAACUGCACAUUCUCAUUAGCUGUUUAUUACCCAAGGGCUAAUGGGGUGCUACUCAUAUCACUAGUGUCAUGAAUGACACAAAGCAACGAUGCAACUAGGUAUCCAUCACUCAAGCACUGGUGCGAUUCUCUUAACACUUCUACACUCAUUACUGCACGCCACAAACUAACAGAAUGUUACACAACUGGCCAAUUUGGAUCUCUCUCUCUUAAAAUUAAGACAAAAGGAUGUUAAAUGUGAAUUGUAUAUAGGAUCCUCUGUAUUAAGGUAUUAACAUCUCAUUAAGCAGUGUUAUCUAGGCUUUCCAAGGACCAAUACUUUAAAACUAUACAGUUCUAGGCAGUAUCUACACAAGUUGACCUCAAGUGCCAUGCCUGCCCGGUGCAAAAUAAUCAAUUAAUUUUUUAUAUGAUUCCAUAUUUGAUGCACUGUAGACUCGGAUGACCUUUGGGAAAUUUGCUCUU